UACGCUCAGUAAAUAUUCCUCUGUGAUCACCCUCUUUUUAAGCUCCCUCCACCUCCCUCUAUAGGACUAGCCCAUCUGAAAAUAGAAACAACCUCACACAUAGAGAGAAGAUCAAUAGAAGAAGAACAACAACAACAAAAUGAGUGAGUGUAAACGAUGCGCUCUCACAAUUGUGCCUAUGGAGGAAGCUUCUUCAAGUGAACCCACCAUUUCCAAGAAACGCAAAACCGCGGCUACUGCUAAUUCUGCUUCCUUCCAGUUACGUUCUUCCCACGCGCACCACCGGUUUCCCGACACUACCGUGUCGCCGGAAGCUUCCGUCAACUCGGCCGGCACCGUGGUUUCUGGUGAACCUUGCUCUGAUCGCUCGUGCUGUAGCUCCAGCCACGUUAAGGAGCUCCACACUGCGCCGUUAGAUCUGCAGACCAAGGGUUUCGAAACGGUACAUUCAACCAACCGCAAUUUCAAAUCGUCCAGCUUGUUGAGUGAGUUUUCUGGAGACUCGGAAGAAUCGACGAUGUUUCCGGCGAAGUCUUCGGCGGAGGUGACCGAGAAACGAAAAGUCAAGGAGCCACCGAAGGCGGAGAUCGAAGAGUUUUUCGCAAUGGCUGAAAAGUACGAGCAGAAGCGAUUCGUAGAGAAGUACAACUUUGAUAUUGUUAGAGAUAUGCCGUUGGAGGGUCGCUACCAGUGGGUCAUUUGGAAUAUCCUCUCCAUCCCGAGCUAUGAUGAUUCCCCUAUUUUUUGUGGGGACCAUGUGUGGCUGGUUCCUAAGAAAUGACUGCACAGACUAAUUAAAGUCUUCUACAUCUCAUACGCGGAUUGAUGAUUGAAUUUCAAGGUAUAUGCUUUGCAUUACCAACAUACACAAAAUUAACAACCACUUACAAUGACCACCGAACCUCCAACCUACCCUUUUAAUAAACAAAAGGGAGUAAUGACUCUACAAAUCCAUACACCUACCCUACAUGUCUAAAUUUAUGGAUUUGCUCGGUUAAUAAUGGAAACCAUGUUCUCCUUCGCAUAUUUUUUGUUAGAAUCAUUUUUUUUAAAUGAAUAGAUAUGCAUGUAAGAGAAUCUGGUCCAUUAUGUAAGUGGUAUUGUCUUUUUGGUGUUGAUCUUCAAUUAUUGAAGUUGCUAAAUGUGUAUGUUGAUGAUUUAAAAGAGAUAAAAAGCAGUGAGGAGGUAUUACAUGGGUUUAAUUGAAAGUGAAGGGCUAACGGUUUACAUGAGAAUCGGUUUGAGGAAAUAGAUAGGCAAAAAGUAAAGUAGCUUUUAAUCUUAAUUUUGUAUGUUUCCUUAUCUCUUUUACUUGUUGCUUAACGGUUGUUGAGUAAAGGGUAUAUGGACGU